GUGGGGAGUGAAAGCGAAAGCCCAGGCGGCGAACAGGGAGACCGGAGACCUAGCGGGAACUGGAGCAGCAUGGCCAAGCCUUGUGGGGUGCGCCUGAGCGCGGAAGCCCGCAAACAGGUGGAUGUCUUCAGGCAAAAUCUUUUCCAGGAGGCUGAGGAAUUCCUCUACAGAUUCUUACCUCAGAAAAUCAUAUACCUGAAUCAGCUCUUGCAAGAGGACUCCCUCAACGUGACUGACAUGACUUCUCUCCGGGCCCCGCUGGACAUCCCCAUCCCAGACCCUCCACCCAAGGAUGAUGAGAUGGAAACGGAUAAGCAAGGGAAGAAAGAAGUCCCUAAGUGCGGCUUUCUCCCUGGGAAUGAGAAGGUCCUGGCCUUGCUUGCCCUGGUUAAGCCAGAAGUCUGGACUCUCAAAGAAAAAUGCAUUCUGGUGAUCACAUGGAUCCAGCACCUCAUCCCCAAAAUUGAGGAUGGAAAUGACUUUGGGGUGGCAAUCCAGGAAAAGGUGCUGGAGAGGGUAAAUGCAGUCAAGACCAAAGUGGAAGCCUUCCAGACAACCAUUUCCAAGUACUUCUCAGAACGUGGGGAUGCUGUGGCCAAGGCCUCUAAGGAGACCCACGUAAUGGAUUACCGGGCCCUGGUGCACGAGCGAGACGAGGCAGCCUAUGGAGAGCUCAGGGCCAUGGUGCUGGACCUCAGGGCCUUCUAUGCUGAGCUUUACCAUAUUAUAAGCAGCAACCUGGAGAAAAUUGUCAACCCAAAGGGUGAAGAGAAGCCAUCUAUGUACUGAGCCCAGGGUUAGAAGGGAAAUAAAUGACCUAUACUUUGUGUGGAU